CUCGUGCGGCUGACGGAGGUCUUGUAGAGGGAAAUUCUUGCGCCACUGCUCUCGAAGCAAGCAGCAAGGAGGAAGGAGGAAGGGAAAAAAACACAACACAGGAGCUUUAAACUACACACACACAAAAAACAAUUAGAUAAUACAACACACACACAUUUAUACAUGCAAUAAUUAGUUUUGUUUCAGAAGAAGAUCGAUGACAAUUCGAAUUUAGAACGAAAGGAACAAUGCCUCUGUCGGCGGUGGUGGUAGCGGUGGUGGCGGUGUUGGCGCUGCAAAUCGGGAACGGAGCCGGGAGCAGUGUGGGACGUCAGCUCUUCGGCGCAUUUAUGCCGAACUACAGGCGGAUGGUCGACGCGCUUGUGGUGGACUUCGUCAGCUACAACAGCAGCGCUCAGGUCACCGUCUCGGUCCCCGCGGUGAACUUCUCGCAAUCCGUCCUCCUGCCUCCCUUCUCCGUCGGCAAUGUAUCCAUCCCGGUAACGGCAGAGAUCGCAGAAAACGGCAUCGUCACCAACAAGGUCGUGUCCGUUCGUUCUGACAGUGACAUCUCAGUGUGGGGCAUGUCCAAACGACUUCAAAAAACCGAUGGAUUCAUGAUGAUCCCUGGGCAGGAGCUGGGAACAGAAUACUACGUAGUCGCUCCUGUGUCUGGUCGUUUAACCUUGAACGAAUUCGCGAUAGUCAGUCCCUACAACAACGUGACGGUGCAAAUGAUUUUGAGCAGCAAUGUUAUUUUCAACGGUGUAAGGUACUCCAACGAACUGAACAUCACUCUACAAGAGAACCAGGUCGUGCAGUUCCAAGGAUCCUCUCUGACUGGGACCAGGGUACUUUCAAGUCAACCUGUGGCCGUGUUCAUUGGAGAUCGGUGCAUCACUGUUUAUACAGCUUGCAAUUUUGUGACAGAGCAGCUUUUGCCAGUAUCACAGUGGGGCUCCUCUUACCUGGUCUUCCCCGUGUCCAUCAAGUCAACAAACGACAGCGUCAUAAUCACCUCGCCUAUAAGCGCGAGCAUCAGUGUCAAUGUCAGUGUCGCUGGGAGUUUAACAACCCACACGUUGACCAAUUACGGUCGCAUCAGCGUACCUGUAUAUGCAAACCAGACUUUGUCUAUAAACUCAUCUGUAAAUGUAGGGGUCAUGUACAUAUGCCAGGGUGGGUCUACAAAUCUAGGGUAUAUCAUGGACCCAUUCCAGAUGAGCAUCAUACCGACCAGCAAGUUCGCUAACAUGUACCUGUUUGCGACUCAACCAGAUUUUACAAACAUGUUGAUCGUCAUCGCCAAGGAUGUAGACAAAUGUGGGAUCGUCAUCAACAACAAGACACUGUGUGAUAAGAUCCAGUGGGUCCGGACAAACGACCUCCAGUUCGUGGCCGGGGAGCUGAACCUGGGACUUGGGAAUCAGCAGUUCCGGGUGGAACACGCGACUCAGCCAUUCGGGCUCUACCUCUACGGGGUGGCAUCCGAUGAUUCAUUUGGCUACGUCCUCAGCUACAGUAACCUAAGAGGGAACGGAGCCGGGAGCAGUGUGGGACGUCAGUUCUUCGGCGCAUUUAUGCAAAACUACGUGCAGGUAGUCGACGCGCUGGUGGUGGACUUCGUCAGCUUCGACAGCAGCGCUCAGGUCAAUGUCUCGGUCCCUGCGGUUAACUUCUCGCAGGCCAUCCUCCUGCCUCCCUUCUCCGUCGGCAAUGUAUCGAUCCCGGUAACGGCAGAGAUCGCAGAGAACGGCAUCGUCACCAACAAGGUCGUGUCCGUUCGUUCUGACAGUGACAUCUCAGUGUGGGGCAUGUCCAGACGAUAUGCAACUACCGAUGGAUUCAUGAUGAUCCCUGAGCAGGAGUUGGGAACAGAAUAUUACGUAGUCGCUCCUGUGUCUGGUUCGUCAACGAACGAAUUCGCGAUAGUCAGUCCCUACAACAACGUGACGGUGCAAAUGAUUUUGAGCAGCAAUGUUAUUUUCAACGGUGUAAGGUACUCCAACGAACUGAACAUCACUCUACAAGAGAACCAGGUCGUGCAGUUCCAAGGAUCCUCUCUGACUGGGACCAGGGUACUUUCAAGUCAACCUGUGGCCGUGUUCAGUGGAGAUCGGUGCAUCGCUGUUUAUACAGCUUGCAAUUUUGUGACAGAGCAGCUCUUGCCAGUAUCACAGUGGGGCUCCUCUUACCUGGUCUUCCCUGUGUCCAUCAAGUCAACAAACGACAGCGUCAUAAUCACCUCGCCUACAAGCGCGAGCGUCAGUGUCAAUGUCAGUGUCGCUGGGAAUUUAACAACCUACACGUUGACUAAUUACGGUCUCAUCAGCGUACCUGUAUAUGCAAACCAGACUUUGUCUAUUAACUCAUCUGUAAACGUAGGGGUCAUGUACAUAUGCCAGGGUGGGUCUACAACUCUAUGGUAUUCCAUGGACCCGUUCCAGAUGAACAUCAUACCGACCAGCAAGUUCUCUAACAUGUACCUGUUUGCGACUCAACCAGAUUUUAUGAACAUUUUAAUCGUGAUCGCCAAGGAUGUAGACAAAUGUGGGAUCGUCAUAAACAACGGGACACUGUGCAAUGAGAUCCAGUGGGUCCGGACAAACGACCUCCAGUUUGUGGCCGGGGAGCUGAACCUGGGUGGUGGAAAUCAGCAGUUCCGUGUGGAACACGCGACUCAGCCGUUCGGGCUCUACCUCUACGGGGUGGCAGACUCUGAUUCAUUUGGCUACGUCCUCGGCUACGGCAACCUAAGAGGCGCCGUCUGUCGCGUGAACCUCGCCGCCGCGAGCGGCACCAUCCAGUUCACCGAUUUACUCGCGAGACCCAACGUCGGCGACUGCCUCUGGACCAUCACUGGCGCCGUGGGGGCGGCCAUUAUCCUUCGCUUUCAGACGUUCAGUCUGCAGACGGGCGCCGAGGUCGUCUACGUCUACGACGGGCCGUCCAUGGACUCGCUGCUCCUGGGGAUGUACGGCCACGAUGGCGUCCCGGCUCCCAUCAUCUCGUCCUCCAACACCUUGUCCAUAAGGGCCACGUACGACAGGAGGGGAAUCGUCGGCAACUUCAGCGCGUUUUACAGGGUGGGGUCACCGUGCAGGGAGACGCUCGUCGGAGGCCAGGGAUCGCUGUCGUCCUCUAACUUCUCCGCGGCCGGCGAGAGGAGCGCCCUGUGCCGGUGGACCGUCCAGGUGGAUCCCAGAUACGAGGUCAAGCUGAGGUUCCAGCAGUUCAA